UACUGUCUCUGGUUGGAUACAGCAUGGCAGAAUGCACGUGAAUGGGAACUCUUAGGGGCACCUCUCGUUUAUCCUGGUGCAGGGGGUGUGGCUUGCAUUAAUAUGGGUGGGGGGAAAGCAGCACUCCUAAAGCCAGAUGUUUUGUUGGGCGGUAAAUUCUAGUUAGAAGAACAGCAGAACACCGUGUUUGACAUCUAGUCUUCUCCAAGAAAAAGCGCCUCUGUGGAAUGGUGUUUGUUGUGUCCUGAAGGGAAACAUGCUCACACUGAAGCUUUCUUCACCAUCCGUUUGAUGUUUUUAAGGGAAACUAGGGAAACUUCUUUGUUCUCCUGCAGAGUUUGCAGUCAGCUGGGAGCAGAAUGGAGCUUCCAGCCAGUCUGGCUCUUCUCUUCACUCAGCUGACCCUGCUGACGCUUUGUUGGUCACUGCAGACUCAGGUUCAUGCUCAACUUCAGGACAAUGAUGAGAACGUCAUUGACCUCCUGGAAGCUCUGAGCGUCACUCGCUCUGUCCGAGGAGUCACCAAGGCCAAAGGUCGUGAGCCGGAAGCGCAGGCAUGGCGUUUCCGCUCUCGCACAACUCACCUUACUCUCCCGCGGGAUUUCUCCGUCUACCUGCUAAGUUCCUCUCAGGGUUCUCUCGGCCUGCAUCUGGUUGGACAGCAGACCAAAAACUCUGAAGCAACCCUCAUAUCCCUGAGCUCAGAGGCCGCCCUGCAGCUGGAUGGCCUGCCCCUGCUGCGCCUCAGCUCCAGCACCCGGGACAACUGGCUGCGGCUGGAGUACCGCUCUCAGAAUGGCCUGAAACCUGAAGUCCUGACGCUCCCAGGUGGAAACCCUUUCACUAGUGGUGAUUGGGUGAGGUUCGGGCUGAGCCUUGAGCCCAAGAAGCUGCUGCUGUUUGUGGAGUGUACGGAGACCACAGUGCUGGAACUGGACCAGGACCAAACACUGAACCUAGAGCUUCCACUGGACCUUCAGGUCACCUUCUCCAGUACUGCAGGGAACAAGACCAGCAAGUUCAGUGGCUACUGGCAGACUGCAGAACUCUCCACCAAGGCUUAUGAGAGGCGCCCCUGGGUGUGCGACAGUGAAACAGCCCCCCUCCCCCCUCCCACACAGAGCACAGCAGUGACCCCUGUUGCCCAGAAGUCUGUGGACCCAGAGCUUAAUGUGGUGCAUGACGAGCCAGAUCGCACUGCUGGGACAAGGCUGGGGCCUCCAGGGACCCCGAAGGACAAACUGGCCCCCAGCGAGCCAGCCCAGAACCUUGUCAGCAUAGACGACACUCUACAAAACGUCAACACCAUGUUGGCCAUGCUUAAAACCCAGCAUGAGCAGCUGCAGGCCAGAGUGCAGUAUCUGGAAUCCUGCGAGUGUGUGAGGCGAACCUGCACGUGGGAGAGCCGUGUAAUGGAGGAGGGGUCACGCUGGGAAGUUGACAGGAACACAAUGUGUUCGUGCACCUCAGGGAAAGUCCAGUGUACCGCCUCAAAUGAUUGCACCUAUAAUGGCAGGAUGUUCAGCAAUAAUGACAUAUUCAGACCAACCCCUUGCACUACUUGUGUGUGUAAGAAUGGACGGAUGAACUGUGAGGAUGAGCAUUGUCCUCCACUGUCCUGUUCAAGAAAGUACCUCCCGCAGGGGGCAUGCUGCCAUGUUUGCCUACCAGGCUGUGAGUAUGAAGGUGGUGCGUAUGCGGAUGGAGAAGAGUUUGUAUCCAGAACAAACCCCUGCCUGCGGUGCACAUGCUUUAAUGGGAAUGUGGAGUGCAGCAGUCAGAGUUGUCCCCUUCAGGACUGCACGCUGGUGGAAACUGUUGGUGGAGAAUGUUGUCCCAGGUGUCGAAGCUGUUUUCAUAAUGGUAAGCACCAUCCUCAUGGCUCUCAGUGGCAGCACCCAGAAGACCGCUGCAGUGUCUGCACAUGCGCAGAGGGACAUGUUCAGUGUAACAAUCAGGAGUGUAACACACCAUGUGGGAACCCUACCACACCUGCCCCGCCUCCACCUCCACCUCCGCCGCAACCUCCCUGCGAUUACAGUGGUUGUAUUUUAAACGGAGUGAAUUACCAAAACGGGGAUCAAAUUCCCAGUUCAGAUCCGUGUGAGCUGUGUAUGUGUGUGGCUGGAGAGGUGCAUUGUGAAAGAAGACAGUCAUGCCCCCCUGUGCACUGGUGUGAAUAUGAGGGAAGAAGGUAUUCUGAUGGUGAGGUGUUCCAGCCCCCUGGAGAUGGACCCUGCCUCAGAUGUUCCUGUGAGAGAGGGAAUGUAAGGUGCCAUGAGGAGAAAUGCCCUGCUGUGUAUUGCUCAAACCCUGUCAGAGACCCCCAUGUCUGUUGCCCUUACUGCAGAGGGUGUGUGUCAGAUGGUGUAGAAUAUGAGGAAGGUGCCAGAUGGACCUCUAGAACUGAUCCCUGCACGACCUGCUCCUGUUUGGCUGGAGAGGCGCGUUGUGCAACGAGUGUGUGUGCUCCUCCAGACUGCCAACAUCCCAAUACUGAACCUGGAGCCUGCUGUCCUUCUUGUGAUCGCUGUCUCUUCAAGCAGCGUGUUUAUGAAAAUAACCAAAUAGUUUAUGACCCUGAAAAACCUUGUCACCAGUGCACCUGUCAGGGAGGUAAUGUAAGGUGCCAUAAGGAGAGAUGCCCUGCUGUUCGUUGCUCAAACCCUGUCAGAGACCCUCACACCUGCUGCCCUGUUUGCAAAGGGUGUGUGUCAGAUGGCAAAGAGUAUGACGAAGGUGCCAGGUGGACCUCAAAGACCGAUCCCUGCAUGACCUGCUCAUGUGUGAGUGGAGAGGUUAUUUGUGCAAUCUCAGGGUGUGCUAGUCCAAACUGUCACCAUCCCAAUAUCGAACCUGGAGCCUGCUGUCCAACUUGUAAUCACUGUCUGUAUAAGCAGAGGGUUUACGAAAACGGCCAAAGAUUUCCUGAUCCUGAUCGGCCUUGUCAGGGAUGCACCUGUCAGGAUGGUACAGUGAGAUGUGGUGAGGACCGUCAGCCAGAGUGCCCAUCGGUUACCUGCUCCAACCCUCAGACCCCAUCUGGACAGUGCUGUGCCCAGUGUCCAGGCUGUCUAUUUGAUAACCGUGUGUUUACUGAUGGAGAAACGUUCCCGAAUCCAACAAACCCAUGUGAGCAGUGUGUGUGUACAGGGGGAUCAGUGAACUGCCAACAGCAGUGUUCCAGACCCAUCUGCCAAAAUCCUGUCCAGGGGACAUGCUGCCAGAACAACUGCAAUGGUUGCAGUUAUGCAGGGAACAAUUAUCCAAACGGAGCCACCUUUCCUCAUCCAAAUGACAGGUGCAGGGAAUGCCACUGUAUGAAUGGUAACGUGCAGUGUUUGAUGAAGAGAUGUCCUUCUUUACAUUGCGCUAAUCCCAUCUUGAGUCCAGGACAGUGCUGCCCUCAAUGUCCAGCACCUCCUGCUGAUUGUGUUUAUGAAGUACGUUCAUACAGACACACGCAGCAAUUCCACCAUCCCCAUGACAAUUGUCAGUCAUGCUCAUGCACCAAUGGAACAGUGAGCUGCCACCAUAGACCAUGCCCCUUCGCUCCCUGUAGCCACCCCAUCCUGCAGGAGUGCUGUCGAACCUGCGAUGGCUGUAUGUAUGACAGAGUGGAGUAUGCUAAUGGGGCAGUGUUCGCAGACAAAUCGGACCCCUGUGGGACAUGUGUGUGUCGGGAAGGCACUGUAACCUGUGAGAGAAGACGGUGUCCAGCCAAUGACUGCCCAUUUCCUGUUCCGGGGCAGUGCUGUCAGAGCUGUGAGGGUUGUAGGUAUGCUGGUGUGGAGUAUGCCAACAACCAGGAGUUUCCCGACCCUGCGGACCGCUGUAAUCACUGUGUAUGUACAAAUGGUCAUGUGACCUGCAGUCGGAAGCCCUGCUAUAAUUCUGGCUGUUCACACCCCGUAACUCUGCCUGGACAGUGCUGCCCAGUGUGUGACGAUUGUCUGUUCCAGGGUGUGGUUCACACUGAUGGAGAGACCUUUCCAGGACCAAAUUCAGCCUGUGAGGAGUGCAGAUGUUCUAGAGGUGAGGUGAGAUGUCAGACCAAGUCCUGUCCAAGAGUACAGUGUUCCUACCCCAUAGUGGACCUGUGUGGAUGUGAAGUGUGUGAUGGCUGUAGUUUUCAUGGCCGAGUUUAUGACAAUGGAGCACGGUUUCCUGAUCCUCAGGACCACUGCAAGCACUGCGUCUGCAUGAAUGGCGGUGUGUCGUGUGCAUCGGUGGAUUGUCCUGGGGCGCCCUGCAGAAGGCCAGUACGUCGUCCAGGGGAGUGCUGUCCGGUGUGUACAGGAACAUGUGAGCAUUCAGGACAGGUGUAUGAGAGUGGCUCCACUUUCACCCCAGCCAAUGACCCCUGCUCCUCCUGCACAUGCCUGAAUGGAAGGGUCAGUUGUAAGGCCUGGCUCUGUUCUGAGCACUGCACCCACCCGAUCCAAUCUACAGACUGCUGUCCAGUGUGUGACGCCUGCUUAUAUGAGGGACUUCGCUACACAGACAGGCAGACGUUCGUAUCACAGUCUGACCCGUGUCAGCAGUGUCUGUGUUUGCGUGGCAGUGUGACGUGCACUCGUACUGUUUGCCCUGAGGUCUCCUGUCCUUCUCCAGUUACCUAUCGAGGACAGUGCUGUCCCCAGUGCCGAGGUUGUGUGCACCAUGGCAGAGAGUACAGAGAGGGGCAGAUGUGGAAUCCCCCUGGUGAACCAUGCAGUCAGUGUACCUGCACGGCUGGUAAGGUUCAGUGUGCCGCUUCGCUGUGUUUACCGCUGAAUUGCAUGCACCAAAUCACUGAUCCACAGUCCUGCUGCCCACGCUGCCGAGGCUGUGUGUAUGAUGGUGUUGAGCAUGCUGAGGGCAGUACAUGGUUUGCCUCCAGCAGUCCCUGCAUGUCCUGCAUGUGUGUGGACGGAGUGACCACUUGUUCGGAGAUUCAGUGUCUCUCCCCCUGCAUCAACAAGAUCAGUGUGCCAGGGGAGUGCUGUCCACUGUGCGCAGACUGUACCUAUGAGGGUCAUGUGUAUGGACCAGGAGAAAACUUUCAUCCAUCUAAUGACCCCUGUCAAAUCUGCACCUGUGAGGUGAUGCCUGAUGGACAACAGCAUUUACGUUGCUACAGAAAGCAGUGCCCCAGCCUGGUGGACUGCCCAAAGCACAACAUCCAGUUCAGUGGGCCGGACUCCUGCUGUCCAGUCUGUGCUCAGCCUCUCAGUAACUGCACAGCAACACUAAUCGGAAAUGAAGUACUGGCCACAGAUGAUCCCUGCUUCACCUGCCAGUGCAAAGAUCUUACAUGGACCUGUAUCCAUCAGUCCUGCUCUCCUCUCAGCUGCCCCCCAGAUGAACAUUAUACACCCCCAGACUCGUGCUGCCCUGUCUGUGAUGUGUGUGUGGUGGAGGGAGAGCGGGGUCGGGUGUCUAAUGGUGAAAGCUGGACAGACAGUGAAGACGAGUGCAUCACCUGCUCCUGCAAUAUGGGUCACAUAGACUGCAAUAUAGAAGUGUGUGCUCCACUCAUUUGCCAAGAGGGACUGGUUAAAGUAAAAAGCCCUGGGAAGUGCUGCUAUGAGUGCCAAGACCCCAGUGUACAGUGUGUGUAUGAAGGUCAGAAGUAUGACUCUAAUGAGCACUGGGAGGUGGACCAGUGCACGUCCUGCACUUGUGUGUCUGGAGACGUGCACUGCCAGACAGAGAGAUGUCCUGCUUUGUCCUGCGCCGCUGAUGAAACACCGUCUCUAAUUCCGGGAAUGUGCUGUCCUCACUGUAUCCCCCGUCCUGCCACCUGCAUCGUGUUCGGAGACCCCCACUACCGCACGUUUGAUGGAAAAAUGGUGAACUUCCAGGGGGCGUGUUCUUACGUUCUGGCUCAGGACUGUGAGGGCGGAGACUUCAGUAUUCAUGUAAUGAAUGAUGACCGUGGACGUAAAGGCGUGUCUUGGACUAAAGAGGUCACUGUGUUUAUUGGUGAUGUGGUGGUGCAGCUGCUGCAGGACUGGAUUGUGAAGGUUGAUUAUGAAGUCGUCUCUCUACCGUUUCUGAAAGAGCCAUAUGUGUAUCUAGAGCGAAAAACCAACACCAUUCUUCUCAACACCAACAUUGGUGUGAAGGUGUUGUGGAACGGACGCUCUCACCUAGAAGUGAGUGUUCCAGGAACCUAUAAGAAACACGUGUGUGGAAUCUGUGGAAACUUUAACAACUAUCCUCAGGAUGACAUGAGGCUACGGAACGGACAGAUCAGUAACUCAGAGGCAGAAUUUGGGAAUGACUGGAAGGUGGGCAGUGGGAGCCAUUCCAGUGGUCAGUGUUCAGAUGGCAGAAACAUUGACCCGUGUAAAGAGGCUGGGUAUUCUGCUCGCAAGACAGCUAACAGCCGCUGUGCAGUGCUGAAAUCUGCUGUGUUCGAGCGCUGCCACAAGGUGGUACCCCCCGAGAUGUUCUUCGCCUCCUGUGUGUAUGACCUGUGUGCUUGCUCUGCAAACUCAGACGAGUGUCUGUGUGAGGCUCUGGAGGCGUACGCUUCGGAGUGCCGCGAGGCUGGAGUCAUCCUGCAGUGGAGAUCACCUUCACUCUGCGCGGUGGGCUGUCCUCUGGACCGUGGAUAUGUGUUUGAUGAAUGUGGACCACCAUGUCCUAAAACCUGCUUUAACAAGGAUGUGCCGCUGGGUGUGAUUGAAGCCCACUGCUUUAAGCCGUGUGUCCCAGGCUGCCAGUGCCCAGCUGGGCUGGUGGAGCACGACGCUCACUGCAUUGCCCCGGAGAAAUGUCCCAAAAUCAUCUAUGGCAACUCCUGAGAUUCUCACAUCCAGCCAGAAAAGAAUUUUACCUGAAACACACAUCAAAAAUGAGCCCUUUCUAUGGAUAUAUUUAUAUCAACUAAUUCUUGAUAUAAAAAAUAUUUUGUUUCAGUAUUUGGCCAUUAAAAAAAUAAUAAUGUUCUGUAUUUAGACUUUUAUGUUUUCGUUAAUGGGGAAAAGGGAGAAAUUGUUAAUAUAUUGUAAUUCAUUGGAAUUACAUAUAACCCUGCUCUGGGUCUGAAGCACACAAGACCUGGAACUGAACCUAAUACUCACUAGAACAUCAGACUGGUCCCCACAGACUGGAGCCUCUCCACCUGCACUACAGGUUUCUAGUGAGAAUAGUGUGAUUAACUCUAAUAAUGGUGCUACUUCUAAUUCAGGAUUGCUAUUAACAAACAUGACUGUUCACUGUGGUUAACCCGGUUUAACUGUGAUUGAUAAGCUGGUGUUUUUUUUAGCAAAGUGUUCUCUUUCUCUAAAAUGAGACUAGAAGCGGGUAUAAUUAAGAUUGUGGUUGUUGAUGGAUGCUGAAAAUAUUAAAACACUAUUUUGUGCUUUUUGUUCCUGAAGAAUUAAGAGCUUUAUUUUUUACAUUUAUCACCAAACAAAUACAGGCAGUAAUUUUUAAUUGUAUGGGUUUUAUAAGAGAAAGUGUCUCUAAAUGGGCAUUUUUGCUAUUGCACUGGUAAUAUACUCAAUGUAUGUAUAUCACUGUACUCCACUCUGUUUUUACUGUAUUAAAUAAAGUAAUUUUUAUAACGCUC